GGAUCUACUGAGUUGUCAUUGGAAAACGACUUCUGCUUCUACUAUCGUCUGAACAAAGGGUCAAAUCUGGAAAGAACUCUGCACAUCUGCAGCCGUGUAAAACUUGACUCUUAAGGAACGAUUUUACUGGAAGGGACAUUACACCACCAUCGCCUCGAACAAGUCCACACGAAAACAGCCCAGAAACCGGACACAGCACUCAACAAAACCAACCAAAAAAAAAUCACAAAAUAAUGACCCAACCAUCCCUCCACUUCCUCCUCCUCCUCUCCGACUCCGCCCUCCCUCUCGGCUCUUUUGCCUUUUCCUCUGGCCUAGAAUCUUACCUCGCUCACCAUAAACCUCCCUUUCCCUCCCCAACCACCCCACCACUAGAUUUCCACCUUUUCCUGCAUCUUAGCAUCAGAAACCUUGCUUCUACAUCAUUACCCUACGUACUGCAAGCCUUUUCACAACCCGAGACAUUGCGAGGCUUGGAUAAUGAUGUAGACGCAAGUACAGCAUGUACAGUCCAACGCCGCGCAUCAGUCGCACAAGGAAAAGCUCUACUGGGAUUAUGGGAGAGGGCUUUUGCCGCUUCUUGCACUGUUUCCUCGACUACAGAACUUGCCAUUUCCACCCUCUCUUCUUUUGCUGCGGAUUUCAAAAAGGCGAAACCUGAUGUUUUUGGAUUACAGCUAAAUGCACAUUUUGCACCACUGUUUGGUGUGUUGUGUAGAUGUUUAGGUUUGAGUGAGCAGGAAACGGGAUAUCUGUUCUUGUGUAAUCAUGCAAAGAGUGUUUUGUCUGCUGCUGUCAGGGCGGGUGUCAUGGGUCCUUAUCUGAGUCAUGGGUUUUUGGCAAGUGAGGUGUUGCAGAAAGUCAUCAGAGGCUGUGUGGACGCUGAAAAGGGUACAAGGGUAGAGGAUGCAGGGCUCAGUGUUCCGGUCAUGGACUUGUGGGUUGGAAGGCAUGAAUUGUUGUACUCAAGGAUUUUCAAUUCUUAG